UUUGAAUGUAUUGCUAAUAAUUUGAAUGCAAUUGAACCAAAAUUACUUGAAUCAAUGAUUCUUACUCGAGAAAACUAGACAUCGAGCCAAGAAAAUCACUUUAUUUGGUCGAACUUGCGGCGAGUGUGCUCAUGUGCCGGAGCAGAAAAUAGGUUAAUUUGUCUAGCAGAUGUCGAGCGCUUGGCGCGAAAACUUCAACCAUGUGCAACAUCGGUUGAAGAUGUUUUAAGUUGGAUUAAGUUUUCUUCUAGCUUCUUCCAGUAUCGUGAUACUGGACAUUGAGGAAACAUAAAUAGUUGUGAACACUUUCAACGAUCAACAUAUGGGGAACGGCUGUCACAAUUUAUGAAAUGGCUAUGUGCAAAGAGUGUGGAUUAGUUUGAAAUUUUCUUAGUAACAAAGUGGUAAAUAUACGACAUCAUACGCCGCGAAAUGAUUCAGGCGCCACUCCGUCUGGUUCUAUUGGCGCCUCUGGUACUGAUCGUACUUGGCACCGCUGAUAAAGGCAUCGUUGAUGUCGAGAAAGAAACUUUAGCGCCAUCAACAUCGCAAUCGUCCACAGGCGCAGACGACUAUCAGGAGUACGACGAUGCCGACAAUGCGCCAGACAGCGUUAAGGAGGCGGACGACGAUGACGCAAGGAAGCAAGUAAGCAACACGCCUCCGGCAGCAGCGCCAGUUGUUGAACUCGGCCAGACAGCAGACAGCAUGUCGCCCGAGGUUUUGGGAGUGAGUAAUGAAAUUUUGAAGAACGAGAACUCCGUUAUCAAGAUCAAGGUCGACCGGCUGAGCGGAUCGUUCAAAGCGAACGUGGAGAAGAUCAAAACCAAACAUAAGCGCGUGGACAUUGUGUUCCUGAUCGACGCCAGCUCGAGCGUGGGAAAAACAAACUUUGGCAGUGAAAUAAAGUUCGUGAAGAAGCUGCUGUCCGAUUUCAACGUCAGCUACAACUACACGCGCGUUGCGGUGGUCACGUUCAGCUCGCAGAAUAAAAUUAUUCGCCACAUCGAUCAGAUAUCGCAGUCGGUUGAGGAUAACGACAAAUGUAUGCUGUUGAACUAUCAGGUUCCGAAGAUAAAGUUCACUGGAGGUGGCACUUACACAUAUGGAGCAUUGAAGGAAGCUGAAGAAAUUUUCCGGAGCGCUCGCAUUGAAAGCAAGAAAAUCGUUUUCCUUAUCACGGACGGAUUUUCGAACGGAAAGAGUCCUGUUCCGUUAGCAGCGGAGUUGAGGCGCAACGGCAUAACCAUCUAUUCGAUUGGUAUUCAGAGUGGAAAUUAUGCAGAACUGUACAACAUAUCAAGCGAACCGGGAGAAAGUCACAGUUUUCUGCUCGAUAGUUUUGAUCAUUUUGAGACCCUGGCUCGUAAAGCUCUACAUAGUGACUAUAAAAGUGGGGAGCAUAUCGCGGUCAACGCUAGUUUGUGCAAUGUGCUGUGCGAAAAUGAACCUGCAUUUUUCGCCAGUCAUAUGAUUGGAUGCUGUGAUCCCAAUGCAAGCUGCGGAUGCGAUAGCAGUUCUGGCCAUUACUCGUGCAUUUGUCCUCCGGGGUAUGUCGGAACCGGAAGACGAGGAGGUUGCCAUCCCUGUGCCAAUGGAACCUACUGGGCCGAGCAGAACAAAUGUGAUCCCUGUCCGGACACAAACUAUAUCACACAAGCAGUUCCGGCAAUGAAUGUUAGCGAUUGUGUUUGCAAAAAUGGGUACAAAGAAGCAGAAGAUGGUCACUGUCAAGUGAUAACAUGUCCUGAACUAUCUCCUCCCGAAAAUGGAUAUUUUGUAAAGCAUCCAAACGCUUGUGGUCAGGUUUUAAAUGCAGCUUGCGGAACUCGAUGUCAAUCGGGCUAUCAGCUGGUUGGAGACAGUAUAAGAUUGUGCCAGGAAGACGGGGUUUGGUCUGGCAAUGAACCGAAAUGUGUCUUGAAAACGUGUCCUUCUUUGAGCAUACCGUACUAUGGGUUGGUGGUCUGCAAGAAUCCGGAUUUGAACCUAUACUUCGACUAUUCCCCGCGGAACAAAUCUUUCCUGACUAACUACAGCAUCUCGACGGAGAGAUCGACGGAGCCGAUGCCGAUCGAUACGGAGUGUGCGUUUAAGUGUGGCCAUGGGUUCUACUUGGUCGGUUCAAACAGCCGCAACUGUCUGCCACUUUCCAAAUGGGACGGCCUGCAAACUUCUUGUAAACAAAUUGUGUGUCCGGCUCUACCCAAAAUCCCGUUCGGUGAGUACGAUCCAACGGAUUGUGCCGAUCAGAAAUCGGCCCACGGUUCCAACUGCACUUUGGUGUGUGACUUUGGUUUCGAGCUGAAGGGAGGACCUUCGACAAAAUCCUGCGGUGGCAAACGAAAUGGAGUCUGGACCCAGAAAGCCAAAACUCCUCGGUGUGUGGAUGUUACACCGCCACAUUUACUGUGUCCUAACAACUACACCCUGCCGAUGCAUGACGAUUUCAAUUACGCCAUCGUAAGGCGGCUCAAUCAACCGUAUGUGUUCGAUAAUGGUGGAGAUAAUUUUACGUUUUGGACGAAACCAGCCAUCAAGGAACAAGGAACGAAACUGUUUGGGGGAGUUCAUCUGUUUACGUACGUGGCUGUAGAUUCUUUUAAAAAUAAGGCUAAGUGUAACUUUUCGUUGAAGAUCAUUGACAGUACAGCUCCUGUAAUCGAAAACUGUAAUGACCCCGCGAUAUUUUUCGUUACUUCGCAAGAAAAUGUCAACGAAACGUGGAUUGAGUGGGACGAGCCCACAGUUUUCGAUAAUUCGGAUGAAAAUGUCACUCUAGAUCGAGAUAUGGACUUUGGAUUCCAUGAUGCCGGGAAUUAUAGCGUGACCUAUAAAGCGGAAGAUUCUUCAGGCAAUGCCGUCGAGUGCGUGCUAAAUGUGACCGUCAAAGUAAGAACUUGUGACCCAUUGCCAUCACCACCGAAUGGGGAAAGUGUCUGUGCCAAGAAUUCUUCCCACACGUGGUGUGAGGUAACGUGUCAUUUUGAUCACAGUUUCCAUGAUCUGGACGAGAGUUCGGUGACAUUAUUCUGUGACAAUCGAAGCCCAAAAUGGCAAUAUGAAACCGUUCCGGAAUGUACGGCAAUAGAAAAGCCGGAUGCAGUUGAAGAGGUGUUCACCAUCAAUCUGGGCGCUGAAGGUGAUUCACUUUGUGACGAUUCGGAGGCAAAGGAAGAUGUGGAAAAUCUAUUCAGUAGCAAUAUGAGACAACAUCUCUGCGGUGAUCAGCAAGAUUGUACGAUAACGACCGUGAUUCCGGCUUGCGAAAAUGUUGAAGAACCUGAUGAAACAGCAAAGUACAAUAUCGUUAAGAGAGAUGUUAAAUCAUCCGAACGAGUAGGGAAAGCGAAAAACCAGAAUGCUAAACGAGACGAUAGAGCGACGAUCAAAAUAAACGUUUACACUAAGCUGUCCAAAAAAUUGGGCCUCUGGCGACAGGAUGGCAAGAAGUCGGAUAACAUUAAGAGAGUUAAGGCCGAACUUCAAAACAUCAAUACAAACGAUAAGCUCAGAAAAAGGUUGAGCGAUCUGAACAUGGACUUGAGUGUACUCAAACUGGAUGAGAUCAUACGGUGCCCCAAUGGCAGCGUCGCCAAAAAACUCGUCUGUGUUCAAUGUCCUCGGGGGACGUAUCACAACAUGCUCACGAACUCGUGCCAACCCUGCCCGAUCGGAACGUUCAACGAAAUAACCGGACAGUCCGAUUGCAUCCACUGUCCGCCGAAUCAUUCGACGAGGAAACCGAACAGCAAACACAGCAGCGAAUGUAAGGCCCAGUGCCCUCCGGGAACGGUUGCCAAACUGAAACUCAUGAAGAAAGACAAGACCCAAAAGUACCACAAGAGUCUGAUGCCGUUCUGCCGCAAAUGUGAUCCGGGCGAGUAUCAGGGUCUGUAUAAUCGGAUAAGCUGCGAUCGAUGUCCUCAUGAUUACACCUCUCCCCGUGGAUCAACUUCGAUAACGGAUUGCACUCCGAAGGUGGUGAAGCCUUGCCAGAACGACCAUCUGGUGUGUGGCUCGAAUGGCCGUUGUGUGCCGCAGUCGAACAGUAGCAAUCUGUACAGUUGCUUGUGUGAUGAAGGAUUUGCUGGAUCGCACUGCGAACACCAGAUGAAUGUCUGUGCCUCGGCACCGUGCUACAAUAUGGGAUCUUGUGUACCAAUCAAUGGGACAUCAUUUCGAUGUGAAUGUAGGGGACCUUACGGAGGAGAACUUUGUGACCAGUUCAUUGAUCCCUGCCAACCGGGACUUUGUCGGAAUGGUGGUUCCUGUAUCGAGAUCGAUGGACGAUCCGUAUGUGAAUGUCCCACAGGAUAUGACGGAACAUGGUGUGAAAAUGGUCUAAACUUUUGCCAUCCCAAUCCAUGUGAAAACGGUGGCGUUUGUAGAAACGAUAAGGAUAAUUACAUUUGUGUUUGUCCGCCUGGCCGAAUGGGGAAAAGAUGUAACCUGAGACCAUGUGAUUACCUGCCGUGCCCGAAAAAUGCUAUCUGCAUUGAUAUUGGUCACGUGAAUACCAGCAAAGAUAGCUUCCGAUGUGUAUGCCCUAAUGGUCUUAAAGGACCAAACUGCACCCAGAUUGACAAUCCGUGUGAUAGGAAUCCUUGUCGAAAUAAUGGAAUCUGUAGACCACUAAAAUUGCGGGACUUAAAUAAUCCACUUCGUCAAACAGCCGAAACUGAUGAAGAAAUCUACAUGAAAGUAAGUUGCGAAUGUCCACCAUACUUUUACGGUUCGUCUUGUGAAACAUUGAUCACUCCAGACUUCGUAAUGUCCUUCGAGAGAUCCAGCACAAACGAUUACGCCAAGAUAGCAGGACCCAAAAACAAUCUCUCGGAGAUAUCUCUCUGUACCUGGAUCAAAACUAGUGAUGACUUCAAUUAUGGGUCCGUGCUCUCGUAUGCAACUUCAAACAUAGAUAAUGCCUUCACCUUCACGGAUUACAGUGGAUUUGUGCUGUACGUCAAUGGGGAUCACAUUGUGACAAAUGUGUACAUCAACGACGGUUCCUGGCACUUCAUCUGUCUCACUUGGACCAGCUCCAGGGGUCUGUAUGAAAUAUAUCUCGACGGGGAGCUGCACACGACGGGCUUCAACCUCAGCAACGGUCAAACGAUCCAGGGUAACGGAUUGUUUGUGAUAGGCCAGGAGCAGGAUUUGCUGGGAGGAGGUUUCAGCGAGUCGGAAUCUUUCGUUGGCAAGUUAGCGUACCUGGAUCUCUGGAGCCGCGCACUUCAUGCGUACGAGGUGAUUGACUUUUAUCACAGCUGCGAGCCAUAUCAAGGAGAUUUGAUCAAGUGGACGGACCUUAAAUCUAAGGUCGUGGGAAAUGUUCGAAUUCAAAGGUCGGAGUUUUGUCGAUCGUGCGAGAGAAAUAUAUCGCUUCCGAAUGGGUUCGUUGAGUAUCGGGAAAAUCGGGCCUACCUAGAAUGUGAGAAAGGUUAUCAACUGAAUGGCCCCUCGGAAAUUAUUUGUCUGAGAACGUCUCGGUGGAGUAACAGCAGCAGUUUCUGUAAACUAAUACGCUGCGGCUCGCUGAGUUCAAUCCUGAACGGGAAGGUGAUGUUAUCCAAAUCGAGCUACGGAGGGGUGGCCCGUUUCGUGUGCGAUGAGGGAUUCUAUCUGUCCGGAGCAGAUUCCGCCCGCUGUACCAUACACGGAAACUGGUCCCAUCCCUUGCCGGAGUGUAUAAGCAUUGUAAAAUGUCCGGCUUUGAUCGUAGGACCAGGCCAGAGGUUAACCUAUGCUUCGGAGAAAGGUGUGCUCAGUGAGACUUUUGAGAGUUAUGCCGUGGGAACAUUGGUAGAAGUGAAAUGUGACGAUCAAUACUAUCUGGAGGGAGAAAACCUUCUCACAUGUCUGGAUACGGCAGCGUGGGAUGAGGACUUGCCACAAUGCAUCCCUGUUAGUGCGAUUUCCAGUACGACGGAUAUGGCAGAAGUCACUAGUUCAGAAAAGGUGCCAAGAAUUAUUAAAAUAAAUCGACGUCCUGAUGUUCGAUUUUGGAAGCAACUGAAGGAUUACUACUUCUAUGGAUGUGAUUCUCAGGACACAAGAAAAGUCUCUGUUAUCUGCCACAGACCUGAAACAAAUACCACUAGAUUCAGGGAUCUCACAGCAUUUUCACUGUCAACAUCCGGUGAUUAUCAGAAUAUGGACUCCAAGUUUCUUGGACGUCUUCAAAAAACCGUUCAACCAGUAGCAAAUCUCAGCUUGGAAAACCUGUUCGAUUAUAUUAUCUACGGAAAAACUGACCCCGAUGAUAUAUCGGAUAAACUCACUGACGCAGAAGAGGAUUCAUAUCGUUUCGUGCUGUGUCUGUACAUCGACAUUAUCAUGAUGGACCGGGAAGUUAAUUUUGACGAUGAGAUUGUGCUGGACAUAAACUCGAGAGAAAAUACCAACGAUAAAAUAAAAAGCUUACUGAAGAACAUAGUUCAACCGGUGUACGAGGCACAUGUCCGAGAUCAGGAAGAAGAUCGGCAGCGUGAGUUAGAGAACCAACGUAAUGCCCUAAAGAAAAUCCUAGCCCUGGCAGAAGUCGAACGAAAGCAAGGACAACAGUGUCGUCUUAGCAUGGUUCCGGAACCACCGAUAGACAGUAGAAUUAUUGCUAUCGAUACGGAUGUUUUUGAUACCAGUGCCGUUGAUCUACGCAUAGAAAGGCUACGCAAAAGACCGGAAAAUCUAGCGGUCGGUGAUCGUAUCUAUUAUGGUUGCAAUGUGGGUUUCUCGAUGAAAGGUACCGGAUAUGUCGAGUGUUUGAGUGGUGGCCAUUGGAGUUACACGGAUAGCUUCUGCGGUGGAGUUUUGUGCAAUGAGCCACCCGUGCUUCCCGGGAUGGUACUCACUGCAAGUUCGAUCGAUUUGCAAUACUAUUACGAAGACGAAAUCGAAUACCGAUGCAUCGAAGGACACGUAAUGCAAGGUCAUCCGAUCGUUAAAUGUUUGGUCAAUGGAAAAUGGUCCCCCGUCAUGGCUCGAUGCACAAAAAUUUCUUGCGGCAAGCCGAAGGUAUCCAGUACAGCUAAAAUCAUUUCGGGAUCUUCCUAUCAGUUUGGCGAGAAGCUGAGAAUCCUUUGCGAAGAUAAGCGAACAGUUGAAACGGUCUGCAUGGCGGACGGAAAGUGGCAGCCGUACAAUAGUUGCUAGGGAACAAAGUGUUGUGCGUGCAUACAUAGUAUUUUAAAUAGUCGUUGAAUAAGUUUGUCUUUUCGAUAUAUCCAACCAAAGAUUUUAACAUUUAUUUUACAAAUAUCUUAAAUAUUAGUGUAUACUAUAAAAUAAGGAGAAGAACAUUGAAA